CGAACAGUGUCAGCAACCUUUCACCCAUCUUACUCCCUUAUCGCUCCCUUCCCAGCGACAAUCAUGACAAUUCCAGAGUCAGGCAUCACCAUUGAGCCAGGAUACCGUCCUGGUUUGCUAGCCAGAUGUCUCGAGAUGCACAUAACCUACUAUCACCCAUACAAUUCCUGGGGUCUAGCAUUCGAGACCUCACUCGCCAAGAGCUGGGCCGACCUCAUCCAAAGACUCACCAAUCCUCGCAACCAAAUCUUCGCAGCAGUUCAGUCAACACCUUCUGACGACUCCGCCGACUUCACUCAAAAGAUUGUAGGGACUAUCUUGAUUGAUGCAGAGCACCUUCAACAGCCGAACACGGCGCAAAUACGCGGAUUCAUCGUUGAUGAGAGAGCUCGUGGGCUUGGGGUUGGGAAACGAUUGAUGGCGGCGGCGAUGGAGUUUAUCGAGCAGCAAAAGUUUGACAAGGUGACGCUGUUUACAUCUAAUACCCAAGAAGCCUCUUUGUACCUUUAUAAAAAGGCGGGUUUUGUUGUGGUGAAGGAUGAGCAGAAGAUUCUGUGGGAUGUGGCGAUGAAUGAGUUGCAGCUUGAUUGGACACGACCAGUUGUCUCAACCCAAGAGCUUGGUGAGCAAGGCGUAAAUGGAGUUACGAAAGAAUGACCUACAGAGUGUAAAAGAACAUCGGAUGACAUAAAUUCUAUUCUCAUAAUUUACUAGACCAUCUCAAUAUUGUCAUCUCUUUUACGAGCUUGAGCCCAAUUGCCUG